AUGCUCGAGGCCGGCGCGCUGAUCCUGGCGGACCGUGGCCUGUGCUGCAUCGACGAGUUUUCCGCCGUCCGAGAGCACGAUCGCGCCACCAUCCACGAGGCAAGUUUGCUGUCGAUGAACCACCUUCUUUCACCGCUGUGUCGUUGGGCCAUGGAGCAGCAGACGCUGAGCGUGGCCAAGGCCGGCCUGGUGUGCAAGCUCAACGCCAGGACGACCGCCUUUGCGGUCACGAACACCAAGGGAACGUACGACGCGGCGGAAGACAUGACGGUCAACACCGCCAUCGGAAGCCCCCUCUUGUCCCGGUUCGCCCUUGUGCUGCUGCUGCUCGACACAAAGAACGAGGGAACGUACGACGCGGCGCAGGACAUGACAGUCAACACCGCCAUCGGAAGCCCCCUCCUGUCCCGGUUCGACCUCGUGCUGCUGCUGCUCGACACAAAGAACGAGGACAACAAACAAUGGGACAAGGUGGUAUCGACGUUCGUGCUGAGGGCCGCGAUAGGUCCUGCUGCUCCACCCGUCCGUCCCAAGGCGGUUGCUGCUAGGGCGGCGACAGUGGCACCUCGCGAUGGCAGCAGCGGUGGAGGUGGUCCCAGCAGCUCCAGCCAAGCAGGGAAACCCGCCGCCGGGGGCCCGGCGGGGAGAGGGGAGGAGGAACCGGUCUCGAGCAAGCCCUGGGGCACGGAAAAGCUUCAGAAGUACCUGUGCUACGUCAAAGACACGUUCACUUCUGUACGGCUUUCGAAGGACGCGGAGGUGAGAGACAGGGACCACUACCGCACCGUCAAGACCUCGGUUUGCGGGUGGCAUGGUUUUUGCCGUACGCUCUGCACGUGUCGCAUUCGUCGCAGUCGCGCAGGAGUAGCGGGGAUUUACUACCAGAUCCAGCGGAGCGCCGACAACCGAUCGGCGGCGAGGACGACCGUGCGACUGCUGGAGUCUCUCAUCCGCCUGGCGCAGGCGCACGCGCGGCUCAUGUGCAGAACCGAGGUCACCCUUCAGGAUGCCGUGGUGUCCGUGAUCUGCGUGGAAACGUCCUUGCACUCGACGGCACAGCUGGGCGUGGACUCCGUCCUCCACAGCGACUUUCCCCCGAAUCCCGACGAAGCCGAAGAUGCCAGCGUACACCGAAGAUGUUNGGCACAGCUGGGCGUGGACUCCGUCCUCCACAGCGACUUUCCCCCGAAUCUCGACGAAGGGCCUUAUCCUGGAUCGGCUCAAACUCAGUUCGCCGCCGUGAGCUCCGCGAGGACUCUUCUGCUGCACCAUCCUGACGAGCUCGAAGGGGAGGAUGGAGGUCCGCGCUUGAUCGGACGGCUGGUGUCUCUUGUGGUGGACGCUGUGUCCAACAGGCGGUCGGUGGUACAGACGAACGGCUUGCGAUGUUUGGGCGAGAUGUUCAGCUGCGUGGUGGGGAACGGAAUGACCGCCGACCAGAUGGGAACGCUGGUUAGGUCUACGCUGUCCUGCCACAAGUCGUCCUCCAAGUUCUGCGGGGAAGAGGCGAAGAAGGCCAUGGAGGCUGCCCAGGCCAACGCCGACCCGGCGCCCCUGCUCAGCGCGGUCCUCCCGCAAGCAUUCGACAGACACCCCAAGGUGGCCAGGCUGGGCGUGAUCUACACGGCCGAGUGCUUGUCGCGGCUGCAUGAGGGCAGUGUGGCGGGGGGCGGUCUGGUGGAUGGUGUGGACGUGAUGUCCGUUGUGGCGGCACUGGCCAAGGGGGCAACGAGCAGGGACUCGGAUGGCAAGGACGCUGCCUGGAGCGGGGUGGAGAUGUGA